AUGGCAUCACUACGCCCAAAAGGCCCACUGGUCCCCUUCACCCCAGCUCUACUACCAACAAGCCAAACAAUCCCAGGGCGAACAAUUCUCCUAGAGAAACUCUCCCCAAAGCACGCUGACGACCUCUUCGCCCUAACGGGUGGGCUUGAACCACCCAGAGAGGCCCUAUGGGACUACAUGUUCGACGGGCCGUACUCAGACGCCGAAGCCUUCAAAACCGGCAUUGCAUCAAAAUCCAUUUCAACAGAUCCAUUCUUCUACGCAAUCAUCGACAAGCGCAACGCUACCCCCACUUUCGGGAAAGCAAUUGGCUAUCUCUCUCUGAUGCGUAUGACUCCCGACCACCUGGGCGUCGAAAUCGGGAAUGUGAUGUACUCGUCUGCGCUCCAGCGCACAACGGGCGCGACAGAGGCUAUAUAUCUCCUUGCUCAGCAUGCUUUCCACGACCUUGGGUAUAGGAGAUUGGAGUGGAAAUGCAAUUCGCUGAAUGAACCUUCGCGGCGUGCGGCUCUGCGCCUAGGAUUCUCGUUUGAGGGGACCUUUCGGCAGCACAUGAUUGUUAAGGGGAGGAAUAGGGAUACAGCUUGGUAUUCCAUUUUGAGGGAUGAGUGGGAUACUUCACUAAAGGCUUCCAUGGAUAAAUGGCUGGAUCCUGAGAACUUUGGAGAGGAUGGUGGUCAGAUUAGGUCACUGCAGGAUUUGAGAGCUGAGUUGGGUUGA